AUGGUCCAAAAGACUACAGAUCAUCAUCAUAGAGAAAGGGGCAUAUUUAAGUACAUGGAUUUAAGGUUCCCUACUCAAAACCACUCGACUUCGAGCUUCGACGUGCGAUCGGUCGAGUGCGAGUGUUGUGGCUUGUCUGAAGACUGCACGGGGGCCUACAUACGCCUCACGAGGGUCCGUUUCUAUGGGAACUGGGUUUGCGGGCUUUGCUCCGAGGCGAUAAACGAGGAGUCGUACAAGCUCGGAGGCAUAAGGAAUAUCGUUCGCGAGGAGGCUCUGAAUGCGCACAUGAAAGUUUGUAAGGCGUUCAAUGGGUCGGUUAGGGUGAACCCGGCCAUGUCGCUAGCUUACGCCAUGACCCGGAUCUUGAGAAAAAGGUCCAAGAAAAAUAUUGCAUGA